UAUUGCCCGCGACGGAAGGUUGUUGUUAAAAGUCCCAACAAAGACCCUCCUCCUCCUCCUCCUUAGCUUGCAAAUGAAAACACCUCUCUCUCUCUCUCUCUCUCUCUCUCUCUCUCUCUCUCCUCAACAUAAUUAAUAUAUAUCUUCCAUUUCUCUCUCUCUCUCUUCCCCUGCAGGAAAUUCCUCUCGACACGCCUUCCUCCACCUCCCUCUCUAUUUCUCUUUGAAAGCGUUUCUCUCUCCAGGGAGGUUCGUGAGCGUCGAGGAUGGGGCAGCAGUCGCUGAUCUACAGCUUCGUGGCUCGUGGAACGGUGAUCCUCGCCGAGUACACAGAGUUCACCGGCAAUUUCACCACCAUCGCCGCUCAGUGCCUCCAGAAGCUCCCUGCUUCCAACAACAAGUUCACCUACAACUGCGACGGUCACACCUUCAACUACCUCGUCCAGGACGGCUUCACUUAUUGUGUAGUUGCAGUUGAAUCUGCUGGCAGGCAGAUUCCCAUUGCAUUUCUCGAGCGAGUUAAGGAGGAUUUCAUCAAGAGAUAUGGUGGUGGAAAGGCUACCACAGCUGUUGCUAAUAGCCUUAAGAAAGAGUUUGGGCCCAAAUUGAAGGAGCAGAUGCAGUACUGUGUGGAUCAUCCUGAGGAGGUCAGCAAACUAGCAAAGGUGAAGGCUCAGGUUUCUGAAGUCAAAGGAGUGAUGAUGGAAAAUAUUGAGAAGGUUCUUGACCGUGGAGAGAAGAUAGAGCUUUUGGUUGAUAAAACAGAGAACCUUCGUUCUCAGGCACAAGAUUUCAGACAGCAGGGAACCAAGAUGAGGAGGAAGAUGUGGUUGCAGAAUAUGAAGAUAAAACUGAUAGUGUUGGGCAUCAUUAUUGCCUUAAUUCUCAUCAUAGUUUUGUCCGUCUGUCAUGGGUUCAAAUGUUGAUGGUCCUCUUGAUUAAUAGAAUUCUCGCUCGAGGAUCGGUGCUGCCGUCGCUCGGAAGUUCGAUAUGUCCCCUAUAAUGUUUUCUGUUUUUUGGUUACACUGUUUCUGCUAGUCUGUAUUGUAAGACGAUGCUUGUAUAGCUUUGUAUUCUUGAAUUCUUUUGAUAUUAUUAAGGGUCUUGCACGCACUCUGCGGGAAAACUUAAAUCGCUUGGUUUCUCCUCUACUUGCUAGUUGCAAUGUAUAGUAUUUUACUAAUAACAUUUUUAAAGAGUUUCCACUA